GGCGCGCGAUUUUCUGUUCCCUGUGGAAGGGUCGUGCGAUGGGUGGUAGUUGGUGUUGCGCUGUGGGUUGCACAAACCACUCAAGCAAAACGCAGAGAGUUUGCUAUCACCACUUUCCAAAUGACAGUGCUCUCCGUGAGAAGUGGAUCAGUGCGAUCAGACGGGACAACUGGUUACCGAGCAAAUGGGCACGCGUGUGUUCCGAUCAUUUCUCGCCGGAGUCCUAUAAGGAUAGCGUUCACUUGAUGGAAGCUUUUGGGUUGUCUCAGCAACACUUUUAUAGGCGCUUGAAGGCGGACGCCGUGCCGACAGUGUUCAAAGAGGUGAUCCGGCAGCCAGCAGCACGAGGAAAAGCCAUCAAAAGGAAAGCGGAGGAUGUCUACGAAGCCCUUGCCUUACCAGAGCCAGAGGCUGGCCAUGCAGAGAGCAGCAAUCAGCAUGACUGGAGCUGCCAAGGGGAUACCCCCACUCAGUGCAGUGAUGCACAGGGAGCUCAGCCACAGACGCGUGAUGUUUAUGUGCAAACAACUGCGCAUGCACAGAGUCCAAAGGCUGUACAGACGUACAUCAGGGGGCAAUCUAUUGGUGUCCAAGUCAGCCCAUUGCCUACUCGUGACAGCUGUGACCAAACUGAUGACAUGCUGCUGUACAGUGACGAGGUGCUACCGGAAGUGAGGCCUUUGUGCUCUACUCCAAAGCGUGGUGCAAAUGCCCCAGGUCUCAAUCUGAGCAGGACUGACUACUUCAGCGAUGACACAUCCAGCUCUGGGGACCUUGAGUCAGGCUUGCACAACUACACAAAUGACUCCUCAUAUGUCUGUGACGAGCUGAAUGAUGACACUGAUAAUGAGUAA